CAACACCCUUUCACUCAGUCUCACUGCUCUAGUUACGCGUCAAGGCUCUCCAUGCGCGUGCUUUGCGUAGCGGAGAAACCUUCCAUUGCAAAAUCUAUCACUCAAAUCUUGUCGGGGAACCAAUUCCAAACUCGGAACUCGAGCAUUGGGUAUAUAAAGAACUACGACUUUGACUAUAACUACACGCGGGCACAGUAUACAGUUACAGCCGUCGCGGGCCACUUGAUUGCUCACGACUUCCCUGACCGUUACCGUGGCUGGUCUUCUUGUGACCCUCUCACCCUUUUCGACGCACCAGUCGUGACCAAGACGAAUGGCAAGGAUGGAGAGCACAUCGAAAAGAACCUUAGGAAUGAAGCAAGACGUGCAGAUAUGCUUAUGAUUUGGACCGACUGUGAUAGAGAGGGGGAGCACAUUGGCGCUGAAAUCCGGACGAUAUGUCGGAAGGCUAAACCGAACAUUGUCGUCAAGCGGGCCCGUUUUAGCGCAAUUAUUGCUCAACAAAUACAUAACGCUGCACAACACCCAGUCGACUUGGAUCAAGCUCAAGCAGAUGCUGUCGAAGCUCGUAUCUUGCUUGAUCUUCGUAUCGGUGCUGCUUUUACGCGCAUGCAAACCCUCACGCUUAAACCUGGUGUUCCUCAAAUACCCGAGAAAGCCAUUGUGUCUUACGGACCAUGCCAGUUUCCAACCCUUGGAUUCGUUGUUCAACGAUUUCUUCAAGUGAAAAACUUCGUGCCUGAGCCCUUUUGGUACAUCUUUCUGUCUCUUUCGCGUCCCGAUGCCUCACAAGGUGGCAAUGUCGUGACUGAAUUUAAAUGGAGGAGAGGGCACCUCUUCGACCAAGACGUUUCGACCGCUAUAUAUGAACAUGUCGCCGAUAAUCGACGAGCCAAAGUCACCAAAGUUCAAGAGAAAGACACUAAGAAAUGGAAGCCUCUGCCACUCACAACGGUCGAACUUCAGAAAGCUGGAUCCAGGCUUCUCAAGAUGACACCUAAACGCGUUCUUGAGGUUGCGGAAAAACUUUACCAGCGCGGUCUUCUCUCGUAUCCUCGCACAGAAACCGACCAAUACGAUCCGGCCUUCGACUUCAUGACUCUUAUUGAAAAACAAGAGCAGGAUGGGCAAUGGGGUAAUUUUGCAACCAGGCACGCAAAGCUUUUUCAUCUCUACUGGGGUUUCAAUACUCCCCGCAAGGGCAAGAAGAAUGAUCAGGCCCAUCCUCCCAUCCAUCCCACAGGCUAUGCCGCUAACUUGGAAGGGGAAGAAAAGCGGGUGUUUGAGUUUGUGACCCGUCGCUUUCUUGCCUGCUGUUCCAAGGAUGCAGAAGGCUCUCUGACAACGGUUGAGGUUAUCUGCGGCGGCGAAGAAUUUUUCGCAACUGGCUUGGUCGUCCACCAGAAAAACUAUUUAUUGGUGUACACCUACGAAAAGUGGACUGGCAAUCAGGUUCCGGACUUCGCCGAGGGUGAAGAGUUCCAGCCGUCCGUUUUGGAGCUUCGUCAAGGCAGUACUACCUCACCGAAGUAUCUGACUGAAGCGGAUUUGGUUACGCUUAUGGACAAAAAUGGCAUUGGCACCGACGCGACUAUUGCCCAACACAUCGACACGAUCAUUAACCGUGAAUACGUGAUUGAGAAGGCAGAAGGUGGCACGAAAUAUCUCCUACCAUCGACACUUGGUAUUGGUCUCGUUGAGGGCUACAAUGAUCUUGGCCUUGAACAGAGUCUGAGCAAACCACAACUUCGUCGCGAGACAGAACGUAGCAUGGUGCAAAUCUGCAAUGGUGUCAAGACGAAGGACGUGAUGCUCCAAGAAAGUAUCGAUCAAUACCGUGCGAUGUUCAUCUCGACCAGAGGACAGUUCAAUCGUGUGACUGCAUGCGUUCGGCGGUAUCUCGGUGGCAACAACAAUGGGGCACGUGGUGGCAAUGAGGGUGGAGGUGGGGGUGGUGGCAAUGGGGCUGGAGGUGGGGGUGGUGGCAAUGGGGCUGGAGGUGGAGGCGGAGACGUGGUGGCCCAGGUCGUGGGAGGGGGGGAAGAGCUGCACCUGUUUCCCGCCAUCGUACUCCGUCACCUUUUGAUCCCGAUGACGAACAAGACUUUCAUGGCGGACCACCACCUGCUCCUCAACCAACAAGCCUCUGCAGUAAACCAUGAUCCGACGAUCCCUCAAUGCAAAUGUCAUGCCCCAGCGAUAACGCUUACGGUCGUGAAAGAAGUUGAAACCAAAGGCAGAAAGUUUUGGAGUUGUGGGGCCGGAAAGAACUGCGGCUUCUUCCAAUGGGUUGAGGAGAGUACGAAUGUACCACAGAAACGCACUUUCUCACAGGCUGGUCUUCAUAGCGACAAGAACCUUCAAAAGAUCGUCAGUGCAGAUGCGGAAAUCCUGCUGUCCAAAGAACAGUACAAAAGGAAAGCCAGAACAAAGGUCGACAGUUCUGGAAAUGCGCUAAACCUCAAGGCUCCGAGUGUAACUUCUUCGAGUGGGACGAUGAGCCUCCAAGAAGUGUUGCUGGACCUUCCUCACAAGCAGCAUCCGGGAGUGGAUCUGCCACCGAAUGCUUCAAAUGCAAGGAGAUUGGCCAUUGGGCUGCUGAUUGUCCUGCCACACGCGGCAACAAGUACAAUGCUCCAACGGGACCUUGCUAUCGGUGCAACCAGGAAGGGCAUAUCUCUAACGACUGUCCCAGUGGCGGCGAAGCCAAGAGAUCCAAGUCAACAACGUCCACUGCCAACGGUUCAUGUUUUACAUGUGGAGAGCAAGGGCAUUAUUCAAGCAACUGCCCCAACGGUGGCAGAUCAAAAAGCAAUGCCAAGUGCUUUAGCUGUGGAGAAGAAGGACAUUACUCCUCGGACCUUCAAAGACUCGAGGUGGUGGGAGGAGUAA